AAAUAAUUGAAUUACAAUAAAAAUGGGAUGUGUAACAAACAAAGAAUAGGACAUAAAGCAAUUUAAUAUAAAAUUACCUGAUUCAUGUACUUUAGGAAAAUAUUUAAGAUAAUCAUACAACAAUAUAAACAGAAGCAGAUCUACCUGAUUCUUAAGAUUAAUUCUUAUAAAUUGGGAUGCAAGUAUGUAGUCUAGGUGAUUUUCUUCCUAAAGUUUAUGAAGUAUAUAAUGAACUUGGAGAAUUAUUCUAAAAUAUUUAAGGCCAGUAUUUGCUUAUGCCGGAUCAAAGCAUAUAUUUUGGAUAAAUAGUUAAUGGUCAAAGACAAGGUAUUGGAAAAUAACAUUGGCCAAAAGAAGGGAAUUUAUUGGAAGGGUAUCGAUAUUAAUAAUAUACCUUAGGACUUGGAUUGAUAAUUAAUUGAAUGGAAGGGCUAGAAUGAUAUAUCCUAAUGGAGAUUAGUAAAUAAUAAAUAUUAUAGUAGUUUUGUAGGUAAUUUUCUAAAUAAUAUUGCAAAUGGAUUGGGAAAAUUUGUCAAUUCUAAAAAAUAAGUGAGUGGAUUUUGGUUGAAUAAUAAAUUGACUGGAGAGGGUACUGAAAUUAGAAAAAAUGGAACUAUUUAUAAAGGAUAGUUUAGUGAAGGUAAAAUUUAAGGUAUUGGACAAUUUGAAUAUGCUAAUAAAUGUAUAUACAGAGGGAAUGUUUGUAAAGGAAAAAUGCAUGGAAAAGGAGAAUUAAUUUUCAAUGAUAACACAAGAUACAUAGGAGAAUUUAAGUCUAAUUGUAUUUAAGGAAGAGGCAAUUAUGAAGCUACUGUUUCAAUUGCAGGAUGGGUAAUUUAUAUUCAUUUACUUAUAGUUUCAUUCCAAAUUUGAAAAUUAAACUUUAUUUAUUUAUUUUUUUCAUUCUGAAACACCAGUGCUUCUUGAUAGUUAAAAUUGUACUCUUAUUGAAAAAAAAUUAGAACAAUUUUUUGAUUGA